AUGCCCUUUCCUCCACCCAUUCCUGGCCCCCCACACCGGCCACCCUGGGAGCAACCACUGCCACCUUCCAUGACCCCGUCAUUCCCUCCUGGUGGCACCCAGCUGCUGCCAGCUUUCCCCAGGACACCUUUGGUGCCCAAUGCUGGCCAUGGCCCCAGUGCCCCUGGGGCUUGCAACAUCAUUGUCCAAGUCAGGUCAGAAGGAAGGCCAGUGGAGCACCCGCAGGCUCAGACCUUUGUCCUUACUCAGGCUCCCCUCAACUGGAGCACUCCAGGGCCCCUCAGCAGGAGUACUGCACAUCCUGUCCCCCUAUUCUUAACAACCCCUGCGAUGGAGACCAUUGUGACUGCCCCAGCUGUCAGAGUAGCUCAGUCUGGCAAGGGAAGCUGGACCCCAGGAUUUCCACCUCAAGCUCCACUACCAGCUGCCCAGCUGGCCCCCAUCAUUCCCCAAGUGAACUUGGGGCCACAGUCACAUGGCACUUCCAGGGAGGGCAGCCUGGCCACCAACCAGUCCAAGGCUUCGCAGGAUGACUCCUGUAACCCCAAGAGCGUGUAUGAGAACUUCCGACGUUGGCAGCGCUUCAAGUCUCUGGCCCGGAGACACCUUCCCCAGAGUCCUGAUGCUGAAGCUCUUUCCUGCUUUCUCAUCCCAGUGCUUCGGUCCCUGGCUCGCCUGAAGCCCACCAUGAUGCUGGAGGAGGGACUGUGGCGGGCUGUGCAGGAAUGGCAGCACAGAAGCAACUUUGACCGGAUGAUCUACUAUGAGAUGGCCAGAAAGUUCAUGGAAUUUGAGGCAGAAGAGGUGAUGCAGAUUCAGAAGUUACAGUGGAUCCAGGGGGUGCAAGGCCUGCCUCCUCCAGUCCCACCGAAGCUGGAUCCUCAGGGGUCCUCAGCCCCGAAAGUGUGCCCUCAGCCAGGCACCCAUGUUCCCACCGGAGUUCAAAGCAAAGCCAAUGCUCCCCGGAAGGCCGGGCCCCGGGCCCAUCCCACCCGCUCGCAGCCACAUAGAGCCCAGCGGCACCCAGGGACCAAGGCACCCAAGGAGAUUCCCCCUGAGGCUGUGAGAGAGUAUGUGGACAUCAUGGAGGUGCUGAUGGGACCUGCCCACUUGGCCAUGGGCAAGUCAGAUGCAGAAUGUGGAAAGGAUGGAAAUGAGCUGAAGCAGGAAGAGGACGGGACCUAUGAAGACCCGGAUCUCCUGAGCUACAUUGACAAGCUGUGUUCCCAGGAAGACUUCGUCACCAAGGUAGAGGCAGUCAUUAACCCUCGAUUCCUGGCAGACUUGCUUUCCCCAGAACCACAACUGGAUCCCCUGGCACUAGCUGAGGAGCUGGAACAGGAGGAAGGCCUCACCCCUGAGGAGCUGGUGCAGAAACGACUCCUGGCCUUGAAGGAAGACCAGGGAGUGCGGACACCCAGCAGUCAAAGUGUACCCCGAGUGGACUCAAGUCCUUCUGAGUCCGACGCCAGCAAAGAUGCCCAGAGACGGCCCAGGGACGGGUCCAGCGAGGACGAGGAGGAGCUCCCCAGCCUGGCCUUCCUCUUGGCCUCGCAGCACAGCCUGCUGCCCUGGAGGCUGUCCCAGAGUCCUGUCCCUGCCUCCGGCCAGGCCCCCUCCUCUCAGAGAAUAGGCCUCAGCCCAGCUCCUCUGGCUGUUGCCAAGUCUAGGAAGCGGGCUCUGUGUGCAGGCCCAGCUGCUGUUGAGAUGCUGCCCGGCCCGGGGGCUGGUCUCGGGGUCUCUGAGAGGCCAGCCUUGGCUCUGGGACUGGUUUGCCCCUCACAGCUGAGAAAGAGAAAGUGUGACCCGUUUGUCACAGGGAGGAAGAGGAAGCAGCUCUGCAGCCAAUAG